UCAGCAGCUUCAGAAGAUCCUACUCUCGCUUCCUCUCUGAGACUGAGAGAAAACCAGCCAUCAGUGUCUUCGUCAGUGCUCAAGGGAACACACCUCAAGCCAAGUUACUCACAAGGAAACAUUGAUAUGAGAUUUUUCACCCAUUUCAUCUGUCUGUUUUGACUACAAAUCACAAAUUCAUUGUUUGUGAGACUAAGGAGGCGUCACUAUGAGUAAACCAAAGGACAGCAGUGUCUCAUCGUUCUCUCUGGAGACGGAUGACCAGACAGAGGAGGAGAGGACAAAAGCCAAACAGACGAAAAAAGGCUUAAAAGACAAGAGGCCCAUGGACUCCAAUUACGUGGAUGAUGUGGUGGAACCCUCUAGCACAAUUAAGUUUAACUUGCACUUUGAUAGGGGAAUCAGAAACUUAAAGGAUGAACCAGCUCAACGGGACAAUGACAGGUUUAAUAUCAAGAGGCUGUUCGAGGCUGUGUCCAGUGGCGAGGUGUCUAAAAUGCAGGGUUUACAUGAGUAUCUCAACAAAAAUAUGAAACGACUCACCGACUCACAAUAUAAGUCCAGUGGAAAGACAGCCCUGCUGAAAGCACUUUUAAAUUUGAGGCAAGGCGAGAAUGACACUAUUGAACAACUGCUGGACAUUGCAGAGAAAAUGGGAGAUUUAAAGAACUUUAUCAAUGCUGCUUACACCGACAGUUACUACAAAGGUCAGACAGCACUUCAUGUUGCGAUUGAAAGGAGGAGUAUGAAAUUUGUGCAGAUGCUGGUUAAGAAGGGGGCCGAUGUCCAUGCCAAGGCCUCUGGGAAAUUCUUUCAGCCCAAUCAAAAAAUGUGCUUCUAUUUUGGUGAGCUGCCCUUGUCACUGGCUGCUUGCACUAAUCAGCAAGACAUUGUGGACUUUCUUAUGGAAAACCCUCACCAGGCGGUGGAUGUCAGGGAGAGGGACAAUCAUGGAAACACCGUGCUUCACGCUUUAGUAUCCGUAGCUGAUAAUAGUUCUGAAAACACAGAGUUCGUCAUUGCCAUGUAUGACCACAUCUUAAUCAAAGCUGACCAACUUCACCCCAAGACCAAGCUGGAGGAAAUUGAAAAUAACGAGGGACUGACCCCAAUCACACUUGCUGCCAAAAAGGGAAGACUAGGGCUGUUUAAGCACAUUGUGCAGCGGGAGUUCAUGGGCUGCAGACAUCUGUCCCGAAAGAUCACGGAGUGGGCCUAUGGUCCAGUGUGCUCGUCUUUGUAUGACCUCUCCUCCCUCGACACCUAUGAGAAAAACUCCGCUCUCGAGAUCGUUGUCUAUGGCAGUGAGAUUCCUAAUCGCCUGGAGAUGCUCCAAAUUGAGCCACUUAACAGACUAAUAGAAGAGAAGUGGGAUCGAUUUGCACAUCGGAUGUUCUUCUUUAACUUCAUUGUUUACGUUCUCUACCUUUUCAUCUUCACUGCUUCAGCUUUUUACCACGAAGAAGGGAAGGAUUACGCCAAUCAAACAAAGCCUCCAUAUUAUUAUGCAAAGGGUAGGGAAGGCUAUCUGCUUCUGACAGGACACGUCAUAACAAUCACUGGAGCAUUUUACUUCUUUAUUAGAGGGUUAAUAGAUAUGGUAAGGAAGCGUCCAAGAUUUCAAUCCCUGAUUAUAGAUGGAUACACCGAUCAGCUUUUUUUUGUGCAGGGCUUGCUCUUCUUGGCAAGUGCUCUACUGUACUGUUAUGGCCGCUAUGAAUAUCUGGCCUUUCUAGUGCUCUGUCUUGCCUUGAGCUGGAUAAACUUACUCUACUUCUCCAGGGGGUCCAAAAAUCUAGGAAUCUACAAUGUGAUGAUACAGAAGAUGGUUCUUGGAGAAAUUCGCAGAUUCCUUGUCGUGUACAUGGUGUUUCUAAUUGGGUUCUCAGCAGCUUUGGUGACUCUCCUUGACCAGGAAUCGAUCAACAGUGGCUCUACUAGGGAUUUUAGGCUCUCUGAAGACUUGCCUUCUCUGGACCCCACACCAGACUCCUCCAACCCUCAAAGUCGUAUGACCCACCAACAACCCACCACAGCCCGGGCCGGCAAGGGACGAAUUGGAUUGACUGCAGAUAACGAAUAUGAAAUCUGCAAGAAGCCCACGUACAAGAACAUCUACUUCACCACUCUGGAGCUGUUCAAGUUCACCAUUGGCAUGGGAGAUCUAGAGUUCACCGAUCAUUAUAAAUAUAAGGAGGUCUUCUACGUGCUACUGAUUGUGUAUAUAGUGAUGACUUACAUUCUGAUGCUGAACAUGCUGAUCGCUCUGAUGAACCAAAGUGUUGAGAUGAUGUCCGUGGAGAGCACCAGCAUCUGGAAACUGCAGCGUGCAAUCACUACCUUGGACAUGGAGUGGAUCCUUCCCAAGUGUCUGCUGGGAAAGCUGCGCUCAGGGGAAGAGAAGGACCUCGGCGGAGGACAAGAGCCUGAUCGACGCUGGUGCUUCAGUGUGGAGGAGGUCAACUGGACCCAGUGGAACAGAAACAUGGGUAUAAUAAACGAGGAUCCUGGAAAAUGCACAAAAGACCCUACUCCAGCUAGCGUUCAGAGAGAGCCCAGCCGUGGAGUCCUGCAAACAUUCAGUAGACGCAGGAAGACACAAAGAGCACAAGCCAGAGAAGCACAUGAGCUCAGUCCACUUGCUGAGGCCUCCAGCUCUGUCUGAUGUUUUAUACUGAAGUCAAUUUAGCAACUUCUUCCAUUCCAACAAGUCUAUAGAGCUGUAUACAUACAUACAUACAUACAU